AAUCUACACUAUUUCUUAGUGUUAGUUUGGUGAAUAGUUCCUAAAAAUUUAGAUCAUUUAAAAAGUUUCAAAAUGUCCGAUGAAUUAGGCAAGGAACAAAUUGAAUUGUUGAAGAAAGCUUUUGAUACAUUUGACGUUGAAAAGAAAGGAAGUAUUGGCACAGAUAUGAUAGCAACAAUUUUGGGAAUGUUGGGUAUUCAAACAACUGAAAAGAUCUUAGCUGAAAUUAUAGCUGAAGUAGACGCUGAUGGAUCUGGUGAAUUAGAAUUUGAAGAAUUUAUAACUUUGGCUUCGAGAUUUAUGGUUGAAGAAGAUGCGGAAGCAAUGCAAGAAGAAUUAAAAGAAGCUUUCCGAUUAUACGAUAAAGAAGGAAAUGGUUAUAUUACAACAGACGUUCUUCGCGAAAUCUUAAAAGAACUCGAUGAUAAAAUAACCGCUGAAGAACUCGAUAUGAUGAUUCAAGAAAUAGAUUCGGAUGGAUCAGGAACAGUCGAUUUUGACGAAUUUAUGGAAGUGAUGACCGGAGGAGACGACUGAAAUACGGUCCGCAUGCUGCUACUUUUUCUUCUUCGGUGCACGUAGCUUAACUAGCGCUUAAAAUAAACUCUUGCCGAUAAUAAACCAAAAUUAAACAUCCGUAA